UACGAUGUGCAUCCAACAAUGGGUGUUUUGCAGAUGUAUGUAAAUAAAUGAUUAGUUACCAUGAUUUAUAAUUGCUUUUUUUAGAAGUUCUCCGAGAAUUGGCUAGGUCGGUUAGGUAUCCGACUGAAGCGGGGACCGGCUCUCCGGUAGGCAUAUAAAGGGUUCAUAGGUAGGUUCCCGUUUGUCCUCUCUUUCGCAGUUCCCACCAACUUUGUGGAACAAAGACUUAUAAGACACCCGUAUAUUAUAUCGAGGAAACAAACACUGAAUUAAAUCAACAUGACUGUCGAUGCAUUAGUCCCUAAUGACCCUCGGGUUGAACAUAAGUUCAAGUCCUUUGGAGAUAUCAAAUACCACUAUAUUCUAGCUAAGCCGCAGGGCAAGCCUGUUGCCACUGCUCUCCUCACUCAUGGCUGGCCAGAUCUAGGUUUUGGAUGGCGGUACCAAGUCCCUUACCUAGUAUCCCUGGGCUUGCAGGUCAUUGUCCCGGAUAUGCUGGGAUAUGGGCAGACAUCUGCCCCUGAUGCUCCCGAGGAGUACAGCGGUAAGAAGAUGACCGCUCAACUUGCGGCCAUCGUUAAGGACCACACCGACGAGCCUAUCAUCCUCGGUGGUCACGACUGGGGCUCGUUUGCCGCUUGGCGCCUGGUUAAUUACUACCCGGAGUUGAUCCGCGGAGUUUUUAGCCUAUGCGUGCCUUACACGCCGCCGUCGCCAGUCAGGCACUCGUUCGAAGACUUCGUCAAAAUGAUGCCCAAUUUCACAUACCAGCUACAACUAGCCAGCCCCGUCGCGGAAAAUAUCGUCAACAAGUCGCCAGCGCACCUCCGGGGAUUUAUCAACGGCAUUUUCGGUGGCAAGACGCCGGAAGGCGGUCUUGCCUUCGACAUCUCUGUAGGCAUCAUCGAGGAAAACCUAGAGAGGAUUGGGCCGUCCCCGCUGCUCAGCCCGGAGACCGUCGACUUCUACGUCCAGGAGCACUCGCGCCACGGCUUCCACGGCCCAUGUAAUUGGUACCGACCCAACGGCCCCCGCGGCGAGGACGAGCAGGAGCUUGCGAAGAAGAUUGACGGUAAGAUCAAGGUACCUGCGAUGCUGGUCAUGGCCGAGAAAGACGCUGCGCUCCCGCCGCAGAUGGCGGUGGGCCAGGAGAAGCAUUUCGAGGCGGGGCUUAAGCAGGAGCUCGUUCCGGGCUCAGGCCACUGGGUCCAAAUCCAGUGUCCCGAGAUAGUUAACAAGCAUAUCGGGGAGUUUGUCAAAAGCGUGCUGGGGGACGAGCUUAAGGCCUCGCUGUAAAGCGUUAGCUUGGCCCGUAGGGAUGCCAACCCCACCAAGGACUCUGCUCUCUUAUAUAUGCAUUUUGGUCUAAAAUCUUUAUACCUAGUGGUCUCUACUGGCGAUAUGUGGUAGUUGGAAAUCUACGAUACAUAUAUGGCUCGAACUAUAGUAUAGUUAGUGUAGGUAUGUAAUUACUUCAGCUAUGCGAGAUGCAACAUCUAGCCUAGCUAGCUCUAUCUCGUAUACCAUGUAGGUAUUACUAUUAUUGUCGUAACGAAUACCAUUCAUAAUGCGUUACGGAGACGUUGGUCGGUACUGCGGUCAGCAGCGCCGCCACGAUGAGAAGCUACGAGCCCCUGAAUUUGGCUUAAAAUAAGAUCGAUGUAGGGCCCUACCUAAUAAGACUUUUUUGCGACCGUAUACAUACAUAGUGUAGUAUUUAGUACACGGCUUUUCUCCUUGGCAGAGCUCCGUAACAAAUAAAAAUAAAUUAGGC